CAACUCGCGGUCGGGAACUCCGCGAACCCCGAGUCCCCUCAAGCUGCGCCCGCUCCCGACCGGUGGCGGCGGCAGGGCCUGUCGGGGGUCGGCCGCGCGGGUCCCCCUCGGCCCCGGGCCUCGCAGGAGGCCGUGGCCUGCGCGCGCUGCCCCGGCUGGGCCAGAUGACUCGCGCGUCCUGGUUUUAAUUCUUGCCCCGGCCCCUGGGUGCUGCUGUGGUUUUAAGCUAUAAGAUUAAUCAUGAGUGACCAAAUCAAAUUCAUCGUGGACAGCCUCAAUAAGGAACCUUUUAAGAAGAACUAUAAUUUAAUCACAUUUGAUUCUUUGGGACCAAUGCAACUAUUACAAGUUCUCAAUGACGUCCUGGCUGAGAUUGACCCCAAGCAAGAAGUUGAUAUCAGAGAGGAGAUGCCAGAGCAGACAGCCAAACGAAUGUUGAACCUUCUUGGUAUCCUUAAGUACAAACCUCCGGGAAAUGCCACAGACAUGAGCACCUUCCGCCAGGGUUUGGUGAUUGGAAGUAAGCCUGUGAUUUACCCGGUGCUCCACUGGCUUCUUCAGCGGAGCAAUGAACUCAAGAAAAGAGCAUAUUUAGCUCGUUUCUUAAUAAAACUAGAAGUGCCGAGUGAGUUUCUUCAAGAUGAGACCGUGGCUGACACCAAUAAGCAGUAUGAAGAGCUGAUGGAAGCCUUUAAAACUCUGCAUAAAGAGUGUGAGCAGCUGCGAACGUCUGGAUUCUCCACAGCAGAAAUAAGAAGGGAUAUCAGUGCAAUGGAGGAGGAAAAAGACCAGCUCAUGAAGAGAGUUGAACGGUUGAAGAAGAGGGUGGAGACUGUUCAGAAUCAUCAGCGGAUGCUUAAAAUAGCAAGGCAGCUUCGAGUCGAGAAGGAGAGAGAAGAGUUUCUUGCACAACAGAAACAGGAACAAAAGAAUCAGCUGUUUCAUGCGGUGCAGAGAUUGCAGAGAGUGCAAAACCAGCUGAAAAGCAUGCGGCACGCGGCGGCAGAUGCCAAGCCAGAGAGUUUAAUGAAGAGGCUAGAGGAGGAGAUAAAAUUUAAUUCAUAUAUGGUCACUGAAAAAUUUCCAAAAGAAUUAGAAAGCAAGAAAAAGGAAUUACAUUUUUUACAAAAAGUGGUUUCUGAGCCGGCUAUGGGCCACUCUGACCUUCUCGAACUUGAGUCUAAAGUCAAUGAAGUAAACACGGAGAUCAAUCAGUUGAUUGAAAAGAAAAUGAUGAGAAACGAGCCAAUUGAAGGCAAGCUCUCCCUGUACAGGCAACAGGCAUCCAUCAUUUCUCGUAAGAAAGAAGCCAAAGCUGAGGAGCUUCAGGAGACCAAGGAGAAGCUGGCUAGCCUCGAGAGAGAGGUGUCGGUGAAGACAAACCAGACCCGGGAAUUCGACGGCACUGAGGUUUUGAAGGGCGAUGAGUUCAAGCGAUACGUCAGUAAACUUCGAAGCAAAAGCACAGUGUUCAAAAAGAAGCAUCAGAUAAUUGCUGAAUUUAAGGCUGAGUUCGGCCUCCUGCAGAGGACAGAAGAACUUCUGAAGCAGCGUCAGGAGACCAUUCAGCAUCAGCUGCGAACUAUUGAAGAAAAGAAGGGUAUAUCUGGAUACAGUUAUACCCAAGAGGAGCUUGAGAGAGUGUCGGCCCUGAAGAGUGAGGUCGACGAGAUGAAAGGCCGGACCCUGGACGACAUGUCAGAGAUGGUGAAAAAACUGAAUUCCCUGGUAUCGGAAAAGAAGUCAGCUUUAGCUCCAGUUAUAAAAGAACUACGGCAGUUGCGUCAGAAAUGUCAAGAACUAACACAGGAGUGUGAUGAGAAGAAAGCCCAGUAUGAUAGCUGUGCAGCAGGCCUUGAAAGUAACCGGUCCAAAUUAGAGCAGGAAGUGCGAGGACUUCGUGAAGAAUGUCUUCAAGAAGAAAGUAAAUACCAUUAUACAAACUGCAUGGUUAAGAACCUGGAAGUUCAGCUUCGUCGAGCUACUGAUGAGAUGAAGGCGUAUGUCUCUUCUGAUCAACAAGAAAAGAGGAAAGCAAUUAGGGAACAGUAUACCAAAAAUAUUACUGAACAAGAAAACCUUGGUAAGAAACUCCGGGAAAAACAAAAAGCUGUACGAGAAAGUCAUGGUCCAAACAUGAAGCAAGCAAAGAUGUGGCGUGAUCUUGAACAGCUGAUGGAAUGCAAAAAACAGUGCUUUCUAAAGCAGCAGAGCCCAGCCUCCAUCGGCCAGGUAAUUCAGGAGGGCGGAGAGGACCGGCUGGUUCUCUGAGCCCUGUGUCCGCUGGGCUUAAGUCGCAUCUGCAUAAAGUGCUUCCUUCUCGGAAGUGACUUAUUCAUCCUCUGCUUUCAGACUAGCCGUCUCUUCUAAAGUUGUCUUGGAAAUGAAGUGAGGGCAGAUCAGGUUUUAAAGGGCUUUGUAACUGCAGAAGAGGCUUUCGUUGUUUGUUUAGCUUAGCUGUCGAGUGGUGUCUCCUGAGUUUUAUGGGAAAGGGCUAAGCUUGCUCUGUGUAAUGUAAGCAUGUGUCCAUUAAGAACCGCGUAGCUUCCCAAGCUGUAAGAACCGAUGGAGUAAUGUUCUUCUCAGUCUCUUUCUGACCUAGAGGACUCUUUUAGGACCUAGGAUCUCUUGUUUGAAGAAGCGUUUGUCUGAAGUCAGCAGUCGCUGUAGUUUCACUUCAGUUUCUUUCUCUUCUAUAAAAUACAAACCAGUUAAUGUUGUGAAAAGCAUUUGUGAUGUUCAUAGGAUUGCAAAUCAAAUAAAGCCUGCGACCUGUCGAG